GGAACUUCCUUCUAUUCAACUUUCUUGAAAUAUUUCCCUUUACAUUUUUUGAGUUAAAUCUCGAUAGAAUGUUUUCUUCUUUUGCUGAACAACUUUAAGGACUUCAAAGUUUACUAGCAAAAGGCUGCUGAGAUCAGAAAGUUCCAUUUUAUUUUUUUGAUAGAUAUAGCAAAUUAUAUUACUUUAAGAAAACAGAGGUUUUUGUUAAAAGAUUUCGGAAAAACCCAGAAACCCAUGUUCAGAGAUUUCAAAGUUCUUCCAGGAAUGUGAACGAGACUCAAGAUCCCCAUUUCAUUGAGCGUUGACUUGAUUAUUUGGUUGUAACCCAGUUCAGGAAACAAUUGAUUCUGAACUGGGUUUUUUUUUGUAGCUUGAAUCAUUUCUUGAUUCUGAACUGAGUUUUUGAUAGUAUCUUGAAUAAUUUCUCAUAGAAGUAAGUGAUGGUGGAGGACGAGCCCCUUCCUACUCACAAUGGGGCAGACCAAGAAAAUGAACCCAAGGGAAUGGUCUUUCAUUGUUUCUGGGCUCCAUUCUACUGGUUUAAAAUGCUUGCAAUGGAAAUGCAUUGGACCUUUGUUUUCGGGGUGGUGAUUGUUUAUGGAAUAAGCCAGGGACUUGGUGGAGCCCUUUCUCGGGUUGGCACAGAGUAUUACAUGAAGGAUGUCCAGAAGGUUCAGCCUUCUGAAGCACAGGUCUAUUCUGGGAUAAUUAACAUUCCUUGGAUUGUGAAGCCAAUUUGGGGGCUUCUCACAGAUGUUGUUCCGAUUUCUGGAUAUCGUCGGAGGCCCUAUUUCGUUUUUGCAGUCAUGAAAUUCUACCUUGGGGCAAUUGUCUUUGUGUCUAUCUAG